AUGGGUUGCACCAUGUCACAGGAAGAGCGGGCGGCUCUCGAACGUUCCCGAAUGAUCGAGAAAAACCUCAAAGAGGAUGGCAUGCAAGCCGCCAAGGACAUUAAACUGCUGCUAUUGGGUGCCGGUGAAUCAGGGAAAUCAACGAUCGUCAAGCAGAUGAAAAUCAUUCACGAAUCUGGUUUCACAGCUGAGGACUAUAAACAGUAUAAGCCUGUCGUCUACAGUAAUACGGUACAAUCGCUAGUCGCUAUACUUCGGGCUAUGGCCAAUCUUUCGGUACCGUUUGGCUCGUCAGAUCGGGAGGUCGAUGCGAAGCUCGUUAUGGACGUUGUCGCCCGAAUGGAGGACACAGAGCCAUUCAGUGAGGAAUUACUGUCAGCAAUGAAAAGGCUAUGGGCGGACAGUGGUGUACAGGAGUGCUUCGCUCGAAGCAACGAAUAUCAGCUCAAUGAUUCGGCCAAAUAUUUCUUAGACGACCUAGAGCGAUUAGGUGAAGCGAGUUAUCAGCCGACAGAGCAGGAUAUUCUCCGAACCCGUGUCAAAACUACCGGUAUCGUCGAAGUCCAUUUCACGUUCAAAAAUCUAAACUUCAAGUUAUUCGAUGUGGGUGGUCAGCGAUCAGAACGGAAAAAAUGGAUUCAUUGUUUCGAGGAUGUAACGGCUAUAAUCUUCCUGCCGAUUCUUCCGCAAUAG